CCCUCAGGGCCGCCCCCGGCCCCCUCGCCAGUAAGGCACCCGCGCGCUGUUGUGCAACGGGACGUUUCUCUGAUUCUCCCGCCCCCUCUCCCCCACACGACGUGUUGCAUUGCACUUUACUGCGCGUCCUAAUCGCCCCUUUGGGUGAGGCCCAAGACUUUCCAGCGAAAUGAACGGCCAGGAGCUUUGCACAAAGCAGCCCCUACAGCUGAACGUGGUAUUUGACUAGUGACUUUUAAAAAGAUCCUGCUACUGCUGAUUUUUACAGUGGCUCCUCAGUUACAAAGGUGUACAUUUCAAAGGAGGAAUGCAGACGUGCCUAUGGACUACUUGACUAGUAAAUUCGUUGUUAACAUCCUUAGUUGCCAGAGCAAUCUGAGGCAUUCUUGUAGUGCAGAUCUCUGUGGUCUGAGGCCUUGAUUUUUCAGGGCCUGGGAGGCCACUGUGCAUUUCUAAGAGAUGAGCAGUGCCUACAGUGUAUUAUGCUUACUGUGUUCAUGGGACUGUUGCUCACAAGAACCAUGGCCUGGACUUCAAGUGGGAAAACACAUGCUGAGCUACUCAAUAAUCUUUACAAAAAUGGAGUGAUUAAAUCUCAACGAGUCUUGGAUGUGUUAAUGGCCACAGAUAGAGCCCACUACAUCAAGUAUUUCCCAUACAUGGAUUCUCCUCAGUCAAUAGGUUAUAAGGCUACAAUCAGUGCACCCCACAUGCACGCCCAUGCUUUGGAGUUAUUGAAAGAUCAGCUAGAGGAAGGAGCAAGGGCCCUGGAUGUGGGAUCUGGAAGUGGUUACCUCACAGCUUGCUUUGCUAGAAUGGUGGGUUCCACAGGGAAAGCAGUGGGCAUAGAACACAUUGAAGAGCUGGUCCGUGAAUCCAUUAGAAAUGUCAAAGAGGAUGAUCCAUCUCUGCUCACUUCUGGUCGUCUAAAGCUUCUGGUUGGAGAUGGCAGGCAGGGAUAUCCUGAAGAAGCACCUUUUGAUGCCAUCCAUGUUGGAGCAGCAGCAGACACUGUACCAAAGGAGUUGCUGAAACAGUUGAAGCCAGGUGGCCGUUUGAUCUUGCCAGUUGGGCCUGCAGGUGCAAACCAGGUUCUGAUGCAAUAUGACAAAACCAGUGAUGGGCAAAUUGUGGAAAGACAACUGAUGGGAGUGAUCUAUGUUCCCUUGACAGAUAAGGAGAAGCAGUGGUCUCGGGAUGAAUUCUAACAGAAUAUCAAAUUCUCUUGGAAAAGCUCAUGAACCAGUUCCUGAGGAAGCAGCUAUAGAUGUGUAUGACUUUUGCUUUAUAAAUCUUUUUUUUUAAACGUGGACAUAUUGCAAAGGUGUGUUCUGCUUUUUAAAGAAUUUGGUAUGGAAGAGUGAGAGGAGAAUAUUCUUCCUCAAUCAACACCCAGUUCCUGGGCUGUGGAGACCUUGACUUACCUCUUCCUGGACUCUUAGUAAAGCCAGAUAAGCUGACUUGCUGUUUGGUCGGCAAGUAUAUAAUAUCCAUGCAGAUAGAGAAGGGAGAGUUACAAUACUGUUAUAGAUUUGAGAAUUCAUGUGUAUUGUACUUGAUUAAAUGGUAGUGCAUUA